AUAUAUACAUGUAAUUUUUUUAGCUUCUCUUUUUCUAUGGGAUUUCAAUGUGGAAAUAUGAUUUCAAGAUUAAUUAUGGUUGUUGCUCUUGUGGGUUCUCUUGUUUGUGGAAUCAAUGGCGAAGGGACUUAUAGUAGGAAACUGUACGGAGGUGGCCAAAUAAUUAUCUCACAUGAAGGUGGAAUUAAUCCUGCAUUAAGUGGAGAUUAUCCACUUCCAUUAGGCAUGAAUGAUUUUCGUGGCGAGAAUUUUCAUCCUGGAUCCAGGCAACCAAGUGGUCCAUUUGGCGGCGUGAAUGAUCUUCCUGAUCAAUCAAAUAGUCCAUUUGAUUAUCGUCCUGUAGGGUGAUUAUCUUCCGGGAUCUAGGCAACCAAGUGGUCCAUUUUAAUUUUCCUUCUAAUCCAGCUAAUAAAAUUCUAUUUUGCAUGAA